CGUCGACUGCCUACUAGAGUGACUUUAGUUGGGGGUGCGUACGACCCCUAACGUGCGUGCUUGUCUUGAAGGUGUGUGUGUGUGUGUGUUCGGUACCACAAACACACAGACUUUUGGGGAGACGGGAACGAAUCCGCCGCUGUUUCCUCCACAUUCCCCUUCCAUCGAACGUCGCUCGCGACUCACUGUUGUUUUGGGAGUGUCGAGUACAAGAGUUAGUUUGGAAAGGUGGAGUGGACGAGACGAGACUUAUCAAUAGCAGUCUCCCUCGACCGACUGACUGACCCCAUCCGACGACUGCUUUCCAUUAGCAACACCACCACCCAUAAAAUCAUGCCGUUGGGAUUGUUAGCCAAAGACUCGAUCCAAGAUUUGGCUUCCUUGGCCCGGGAACCGGAGACUGGAUCGUCGACGGAAUCAGGGAAGGAUGUGAUUGACGGAACAAUUCCCACGCACGAGCGGCUCUUGUUCCAAAAGUCCGGAGCGGACGCCAACACCCACUCGAGCGUCGAACACGCCUCGUUGCCGCUCAACGCGUCCGAUGCAAGUGUCGGACGCGAUGAAACGAAUACCAGCACUACCACCGCUCCUGCCACGGCCAUUGCCAAUCCACAACAAGCGGACGAGAAAGAAACCAACGGCACGUCCGCGGUAGCUCUUCCGCCGGCCUCGUCCGCGCAGUACUCGGGCUUUGCCGCGGAUUAUGCCGACUACCGUGUCUACCACGACGAUCCCUCAUAUUCGCACCAAUCCGAUUCCGUCUACCACGAUCCCUACGCGCCUACCAUGUUCUUGGCGGAGGCUCGUCAGAAACCCAAUUGGUUGGGUUGCCUCUUUCCCUUUUUCUUUCACCAGCACGCGGUGGCGCACGGACCCGCCUUUGGCGAACACCAGUAUUCUUCCAAUGCCAACCAUUUGGACGCCGCCAAUGCCAAUAGUCCCACUACGGACCCUGCCCGACCACCAGGUGACGACGACGAAAUGUCCAGUGGCAGCGACGUUUUUGGUGAGAAACUCUCACAACGCGAACGACAGGCCGUCCUGGCGAGACUGAGACUGGGGCAACCCGAUACUCCCAACGGAUCCGCCACCGGUCCGAACCAUACCCCGGGAACCGGACCCACCGGUACUACCAUCAACCCACGUAACGGUAAGGGUUUGUUGAACGGGAUAUCAACCUACGAUCAAUCGCCGCUGAAUUCCGGCAUGGAAGAUGGGUCGACGAAUCCACUCAAGGGGAUUUUGAAGAACAUUACUUCCCUCACCAACGUGAAACAUCCCGGCACCAGCCAGUCGUCGGGGAAAAACAGCGAAGACCCUGGUGCAUCCAGUGUAGCCAGCACCGUUUCUCGUCGGUCGCUCUUUCCGACGGCGUACGAAAAGCCCAGCGGUCCGCGCCAUAAUCUCCACGUGGCCUUUGCGCCCAUGGCGCGCGUCGUGACGGUCAAAUCCAAAAACGACAUGAGUGCACAAGAAAAGGCCGACGUGUGGUGGCAGCGUCACGAUUACGAUGACUUCCGAAAGACCGGUCGGAUCAUUACACGCGCCAUGGUCGAAGGCGGCAGCGAAAUAUGGUUGACCUCGGACGAGGUCAAACCAACAUUUCAUCCGAGUGGUCGUGGACAGGCUACGUCGCAUUCGACUUCUGUAAUGUCGCACGAGGAGCGUAAAAAGCAAGACCCAGCGUCUGACGCUGGAGAUACAAUUUCAGAACAGCGUGACAAGUGGUGGCACAAGUUUGGUCACUCCCGACGAGGCCUGGAACACGUCGUUUCCAUGGACGAAGGACGCGAGCGACAGCAAAACGUACGCAGUGCCAUUCGAGCGGUGCUCGAGGAACAGAAUAUGCAAACUCUGUACAAGAAGCCGGAUAGCGAAAAGCUACGGUCAGUAGCCCUCAAGCACACCACCUGGGCACGUGAUUUAGCGCUGGCUUCGGGAGCUUCCGACGCGGACGCCGUAAAGGCGAAUUUUGCGGAAGACCGCAAGUCUCGCGAGUUUUAUCUUUUGAAAAUGGCGCGGACCAACCCAACCAUCAAGACGAGUCGACUCGUUCCGGGCUUUAUGCAACCGUGUAUGCACACACCCGGCGCACCUACUCGGACCAAGACCUUCGAAUUGGACAACCACACGUCAACACAGAUCCGGUAUCGAAGACAAAUACACCGAGAAGACGAAGAAAAGAAAAACGAGUUGUCCGAACCGGUACGAGAUCCAGAUCCAGAAGAGCACGGGGAUACACUGGCCAAACGCGCGGCGGGGUUUUCGUCCGAGGGCGACGAAAAAGUCAACAUGGCUGCCGUGCUGUCCGGUAUGGGAGCCGUCCCGCAAGAACCACCCAGUGUCAAGGUUUAGACACUUUCCUUUUUACCUUACCCACAUUCCUUAUUAAAUCAUCACCUAUG